AUGUCAGGUUCGUGGAUAUGGAGAAAGCUGCUGAAAUACAGAGACAAAGCCAAGGAAUUCCAUCGACGGGAAAUAGGGGAUGGUCGAGCUACUUUUUUCUGGUUUGAUAUCUGGUCCGAUUUGGGAUGUCUGUAUGAUAUAACUGGAUACAGAGGUAUUAUUGACACGGGGAUUCCACUCAAUGCAACGAUUGCGAUGGCUAAGACGGCUCGUCGAAGACGUCGACACCGGACUGAACAUCUGGUCUUAAUUGAAGAGGCUUUAUCGGCACUAUCGGAAGAGAAGGAUAUUAGCCUCUGGAGGAAUACUACCAGCGAGUUUAAGCCUUAUUUUAGCUCGAAAAAUACAUGGACACAAAUCCGGGAUGCUCGUCCUCUGGUACAAUGGCACAAGGGUAUAUGGUUUAAAUUUGCGACACCAAAGUAUGCUUUCUGCUCCUGGUUGGCGAUUAGAAAUCGGCUCUCUACUGGCGACCGUAUGAUCGCCUGGAAUCCAGGUAUUAGCUCAGAAUGUAUUUUCUGCUCUGCAACAAACGAGACAAGGGACCAUUUAUUCUUCUCUUGUCCAUUCUCUGCGACCAUUUGGACACGCUUAGCAUCGGGUUUGCUGGCUACUCGAUUCACAACUGAUUGGCACACUCUGACUCAACUCAUCUCGGACGACGGCUUGGCUCCUAUACCGAUGUUUCUCACCAGAUAUGUGCUACAAUGUGCAAUCUACUCUAUCUGGAGGGAAAGAAACUCGCGAAGGCAUGGAAAAACUCCAAACGCUGCAUCUCGUAUCAUUCAGCAACUCGACAAGCAGGUUCGAAAUCGUCUUUCCACCAUACGAUCUUCGGGAUUCACCAAACUGGAGGGCAGUCUUCAGUUCUGGUUCGCCACAAGAUAG